GUUGUUUUGGUGAACGAAAAUUGUUCUAGUGUAUUCCAGAAAGAGAGGCACAUUUAAUCCGAUUGAAUCCAAAAUAUUUUAACCGACACCGACUCGGGGAAAUGGCGUCGGCAGGGACUCUUGCAUUCGACGAAUAUGGUCGUCCAUUUAUCAUCGUUCGUGACGAAGAAAGACAAGGACGGCUAACCGGCAAAGAGGCACACAAGUCUCACAUUCUGGCUGCAAAAUCUGUAGCAGCCGUCUUAAAGACGUCACUAGGUCCCAAGGGUUUAGACAAGAUGAUGCAAGGCCCUGAUGGAGACAUCACAAUCACAAACGAUGGCGCCACAAUUCUUCAACAGAUGGACGUAGAACAUCAGGUUGCUAAGUUGAUGGUUCAACUGUCGAAAUCUCAGGACGACGAAAUCGGAGAUGGCACUACAGGUGUUGUAGUUCUAGCCGGAGCUUUGUUGGAGCAGGCUGAGAAAUUGCUGGAUCGCGGUAUUCAUCCUAUUCGGAUUGCCGACGGCUACGAACUUGCUGCGAAAGUAGCGGUGGAACAGCUGAGCAAGAUCAGCGAGAAGUUUGAAGUGGAUUUGAAGAAACGUGGACCACUUAUUAAACUGGCCAUGACAGCUCUGGGUUCUAAAAUAGUGAAUCGCUGUCAUCGUCAAAUGGCGGAAAUUGCAGUUGAUGCUAUUCUGGCUGUGGCCGACUUCAACCGGUCUGACGUGGACUUCGAGCUCAUCAAGGUGGAGGGGAAGGUGGGGGGCAAGCUAGAGGAUACCAUGCUCGUGAAGGGGGUGAUCGUCGAUAAAGACAUGAGUCACCCGCAGAUGCCCAAAGUUGUAAAGGAUGCGAGAAUGGCCAUUUUGACCUGUCCGUUUGAGCCACCGAAGCCCAAAACGAAGCACAAGCUUGACAUCAAAUCGGUGGAAGACUACAAGAAGUUGCGAGAAUACGAAAUUAACCAGUUCGAAAAUAUGGUUAAAUUGGUGAAGGACGUGGGAGCGAACUUGGUGAUCUGUCAGUGGGGGUUUGACGACGAGGCUAAUCACCUGUUGCUACAGAAACAGCUUCCCGCAGUCCGGUGGGUGGGCGGCCCAGAGAUCGAGUUGAUCGCCAUAGCAACUGGUGGCAGAAUUGUUCCCAGGUUUGAAGAGUUGACUCCGGAAAAGUUAGGCAAAGCUGGAAUUGUCCGUGAGCUGACGUUUGGAACCACCAAGGACAAAAUGCUGGUGAUUGAAGAGUGUCAGAACUCCAGGGCAGUUACAAUCUUCAUCAGGGGAGGAAAUAAAAUGAUCAUUGAGGAAGCGAAGAGAAGCCUGCACGAUGCCCUGUGUGUUAUUAGGAACAUCGUCCGAGACUGUCGUGUGGUGUAUGGAGGAGGUGCUCCAGAAAUCUCGUGUUCGUUGGCUGUGGCAGCAGCCGCAGAUAAGAUCUCUACACUAGAACAGUACGCCGUGAGGGCAUUCUCUGAAGCCUUGGAGAGCAUUCCACUAGCGCUGGCGGAGAACAGCGGGUUAGCUCCCAUCCACACGUUGGCGGACGUCAAGUCUCGCCAGUUGAAGGAGAAAAACCCGAAGCUCGGAAUCGACUGUCUCCAGAAAGGAACAAACGAUAUGAAGGAACAAAAUGUGAUAGAGACUCUAACAGCCAAGAAACAGCAGUUGUUGUUAGCAACCCAGCUCGUUAGAAUGAUCUUGAAAAUAGAUGAUAUCCGUGCUCCAAAUGACAUGUAACUUAUCACAGAAACAAACUUUCUUAAAUCCAUUGUAUUCUGUUAAUUGAUUUUAUGACAUUUCAUAAAAUCAUGUUGUGUGUUUUUCAUCGGCUAUUUCUCAUUUGCUGCCAAUCCUGAAACUAGCCCGUUACUACAACACUGAAUGUAAGCUGCAAUAUAAACUUCUUUUUGGGUCCAUUCAAAUGCACUAAUGCAAAAUCUUUCAUUAAAUGUGAGUGCUUACAUCUUUUUGUUGGAAAUUUGUGUAAAAUUUGUGCAGAUUAUACAAUUUAAUUUUUCUACAAACUUGUAAUAAAUAUCUGAAAAGUU